AUGCUGUCACUCACACUUUUCAAGAGGACAUUUUGCAAGCAAGAUUGCUACGCAUUUUUUCUCGUGGAAAGAGUGAUUUUAAACUAUUUUCUAGUGCGAAAAACAUAUUUAAUUGAGUGAAAAUGUCUUCCGGGGACUCUAAGGCACCCGUGCGGACGGUAAAACGGGUGCAAUUUGGCAUCCUGGCGCCAGAUGAAAUUCGCCGGAUGUCAUGCACCGAAGGUGGAGUACAGUUCCCCGAGACUAUGGAGGGUGGACGCCCAAAGUUGGGUGGUUUGAUGGAUCCCCGACAGGGUGUAAUUGAUAGAAAUUCCCGCUGUCAAACCUGCGCUGGGAACAUGACAGAGUGUCCGGGACACUUUGGGCAUAUAGACCUGGCCAAGCCUGUCUUUCACAUUGGAUUCUUCACCAAGACCAUCAAAACGCUGAGAUGCGUGUGUUUUUACUGCUCAAAAUUGCUGGUGAGUCCAAAUAAUCCCAAAAUCAAGGAGAUUGUUAUGAAAUCCAAGGGACAGCCAAGGAAGAGGUUGGCUUACGUGUAUGAAUUGUGUCGGGGUAAGACAAUUUGUGAAGGAGGAGAAGAUAUGGAUGUGGGGAAGGAGAAUAUACAGUUGCCAGAUGCCAAUAAGAAGGCAGGACAUGGUGGUUGUGGACACUAUCAGCCGGCCAUAAAGAAGACAGGAUUGGAAUUGAUUGCUGAGUGGAAGCAUGUCAAUGAAGAUUCGCAGGAAAAGAAGAUUUCUGUGUCAGCUGAGAGAGUUUGGGAAAUUCUAAAGCAUAUCACCGAUGAGGAAUGUUUUAUUCUGGGCAUGGAUCCCAAAUAUGCUCGUCCUGAUUGGAUGAUUGUCACUGUUUUGCCAGUUCCACCACUCUCAGUUCGUCCGGCUGUUGUGAUGUUUGGAGCUGCUAAGAAUCAGGAUGAUUUAACGCAUAAACUUGCUGAUGUCAUAAAGGCAAACAAUGAACUGAAGAAAAAUGAAUCUUCAGGUGCAGCUGCUCAUGUUAUUGCUGAAAAUAUCAAAAUGCUACAAUUCCAUGUGGCCACUUUUGUGGACAAUGAAAUUCCUGGAAUGCCCAGAGCCAUGCAAAAGUCCGGAAAGCCCCUAAAAGCCAUUAAGGCGAGAUUGAAGGGGAAAGAGGGCAGAAUCAGAGGAAAUCUCAUGGGGAAACGUGUGGAUUUCUCAGCUAGAACUGUCAUCACACCAGAUCCCAAUUUGCGUAUCGAUCAGGUGGGAGUUCCACGUUCCAUCGCCCAGAAUCUCACCUUUCCGGAACUUGUGACACCUUUCAAUAUCGACAGGAUGCAAGAGUUGGUCCGCAGGGGCAACUCACAGUAUCCAGGGGCAAAGUACAUUGUCAGGGACAAUGGCGAGAGGAUUGAUUUACGUUUCCAUCCGAAGCCCAGUGAUCUCCAUCUGCAGUGUGGCUACAAAGUCGAGAGGCACUUGAGGGACGAUGAUUUAGUGAUUUUCAAUCGUCAGCCGACACUCCACAAAAUGAGUAUGAUGGGGCAUAGGGUAAAGGUGCUUCCAUGGUCGACGUUCCGGAUGAAUUUGAGUUGCACAUCUCCUUACAACGCUGAUUUUGACGGAGAUGAAAUGAAUCUUCACGUGCCACAAUCAAUGGAAACUAGAGCCGAGGUGGAGAACAUUCACAUAACGCCACGUCAAAUUAUCACACCACAGGCUAAUAAGCCCGUAAUGGGCAUUGUCCAGGACACUUUGACGGCCGUCCGGAAGAUGACAAAGCGUGAUGUAUUUAUUGAGAAGGAACAAAUGAUGAAUCUUCUGAUGUGGCUACCAACUUGGGAUGGAAAAAUGCCACAGCCAUGUAUUCUGAAGCCCAAGCCACUUUGGUCAGGGAAGCAGCUGUUUUCUCUGAUUAUUCCGGGCAAUGUCAAUAUGAUCCGAACCCAUUCAACACAUCCCGAUGAGGAGGAUGAUGGUCCAUAUAAAUGGAUUUCUCCUGGAGAUACCAAAGUCAUGGUCGAGCAUGGUGAUCUGAUUAUGGGGAUUCUGUGCAAGAAAACUCUGGGAACAUCAGCAGGAUCUCUGUUGCAUAUUUGUUUCUUGGAAUUGGGUCAUGAUAUUGCUGGGAGAUUUUACGGAAAUAUCCAGACAGUGGUGAAUAAUUGGUUGCUCCUGGAGGGUCAUAGUAUUGGUAUUGGUGACACAAUUGCCGAUCCACAGACCUACCAAGAGAUUCAGAGGGCCAUCAGGAAGGCCAAAGAGGAUGUGAUAGGGGUGAUUCAGAAGGCGCACAAUAUGGAAUUGGAACCAACUCCUGGAAAUACUCUGAGGCAGACUUUUGAGAAUCAAGUGAAUCGUAUCCUCAAUGAUGCUCGUGACAAAACUGGAGGUUCAGCUAAGAAAUCCUUGACAGAGUACAACAACUUGAAGGCUAUGGUGGUGUCAGGAUCAAAGGGAUCAAAUAUCAAUAUUUCCCAGGUUAUUGCCUGUGUAGGUCAGCAAAACGUAGAAGGAAAGCGUAUUCCAUUUGGUUUCCGUAAGAGAACAUUGCCGCAUUUCAUCAAGGAUGAUUACGGUCCGGAGUCUAGAGGAUUCGUGGAGAAUUCCUAUCUAGCCGGUCUUACUCCAUCGGAAUUCUACUUUCACGCCAUGGGAGGACGUGAGGGAUUGAUUGAUACAGCUGUGAAAACAGCAGAAACUGGAUAUAUCCAGCGACGUUUGAUCAAAGCUAUGGAGUCCGUGAUGGUUCAUUAUGAUGGCACCGUGAGGAAUUCCGUAGGGCAACUCAUUCAGUUGAGAUACGGUGAAGACGGACUUUGCGGAGAAACUGUAGAAUUUCAGAAUCUCCCAACGGUUAAGUUGUCAAACAAGGCUUUUGAAAAACGCUUCAAAUUUGAUCCGUCAAAUGAGAGAUACCUGAGGAAGAUCUUCAAUGAGAAUGUAAUCAAAGAAUUGACUGAAUCUGGUUUUGUAAUCCAAGAAUUGGAAUCCGAAUGGGAGCAAUUGAGUAGGGAUCGUGAGAUGUUGCGUCAGAUUUUCCCAAGUGGUGAAAGUAAGGUUGUCCUUCCGUGCAAUUUGCAGCGAAUGAUUUGGAAUGUCCAGAAGAUUUUCCACAUUAACAAACGUGUACCAACGGAUUUGAGUCCGUUGAAGGUGAUGCAGGGUGUGAAGGAAUUGCUGCAGAAGUGCAUAAUUGUGGCGGGAAAUGAUAAGAUAUCCAAGCAGGCAAAUGAAAAUGCUACAUUGCUGUUUCAAUGUUUGGUACGUUCGACACUGUGUACAAAGUACGUUGCGGAGGAAUUCCGAUUGACUGGUGAGGCCUUUGAUUGGUUGAUUGGAGAGAUUGAGACACGUUUUCAGCAGGCUCAGGUGAGUCCUGGAGAAAUGGUGGGUGCUCUGGCUGCACAGUCUUUGGGUGAACCAGCCACUCAAAUGACCCUGAAUACUUUCCACUUUGCUGGAGUAUCUUCGAAAAAUGUGACACUUGGAGUGCCUCGUCUUAAGGAGAUUAUCAAUAUCUCCAAGCGUCCCAAGGCACCGUCUUUGACGGUGUUUCUCACGGGUGGAGCUGCCAGGGAUGCAGAGAAAGCGAAAAAUGUUCUGUGCCGUCUGGAACAUACGACUCUGAGGAAGGUGACGGCCAAUACAGCCAUCUAUUAUGAUCCUGAUCCUCAGCGUACAGUCAUUGCGGAGGAUCAGGAGUUUGUCAAUGUGUACUAUGAGAUGCCUGAUUUUGAUCCAACGCGCAUCUCACCCUGGUUGCUGCGUAUUGAACUGGAUCGGAAGCGUAUGACGGAUAAGAAAUUGACCAUGGAACAGAUUGCUGAGAAAAUUAAUGCUGGCUUUGGGGAUGAUCUCAAUUGUAUCUUCAAUGAUGACAAUGCAGACAAACUCGUUCUCAGAAUUCGAAUUAUGAAUAGCGAUGACAACAAGUUCCAGGACAAUGAAGAGGAUACUGUGGAUAAGAUGGAGGAUGAUAUGUUCCUGAGGUGUAUUGAGGCCAAUAUGUUGUCGGACAUGACGCUGCAGGGCAUUGAGGCAAUCGGGAAAGUGUAUAUGCAUCUGCCUCAGACGGACAGUAAGAAGAGGAUUGUUAUCACGGAAACUGGAGAAUUUAAAGCAAUUGGAGAGUGGCUUCUGGAAACAGAUGGUACAUCCAUGAUGAAAGUGCUGAGUGAGAGGGAUGUAGAUCCAGUAAGAACCUACAGCAACGACAUCUGCGAGAUCUUCCAGGUCCUGGGAAUUGAAGCUGUGCGAAAGUCAGUGGAGAAAGAAAUGAAUGCUGUGCUUCAGUUCUACGGUCUCUACGUCAACUAUCGCCAUUUGGCGUUGCUUUGUGACGUUAUGACGGCAAAGGGUCAUUUGAUGGCCAUCACUCGUCAUGGAAUCAAUCGUCAGGACACAGGAGCCCUUAUGAGGUGUUCCUUCGAGGAGACCGUGGACGUUCUGAUGGACGCAGCAGCUCAUGCCGAAGUGGAUCCCAUGCGUGGAGUCUCAGAGAAUAUUAUAAUGGGUCAAUUGCCGAAGAUGGGCACUGGAUGUUUUGAUUUGCUCCUGGAUUCGGAUAAAUGCAAAUUGGGCGUGGAGAUUCCUACGACAAUGGGACCUUCGAUGAUUGGAGGAACUGGGAUGUUCUUUGGAGCUGGUGCUACGCCAAGUAUGAGUCCUCCAAUGACACCUUGGCAGCAAUCAGCGACUCCGGGGUAUGGAGAAUGGUCUCCAGCUGGAGUGAGUGGAAUGACUCCCGGUGGACCAAGUUUUUCACCGUCUGGAGCUUCAGAUGUGAGCGGUAUGUCACCGAGUUGGUCACCAAAUCCUGGAUCACCAGCAUCACCAGGUAUCACAAUGUCUCCGUAUUUUGCUCAGUCACCAGGAGCCUCUUCACCUUGCUACUCACCAUCGAGUCCCAGCUACGGAGCUACAUCACCAAGUGCAGCUUCAUCACCAAAUUAUUCACCCACGAGUCCCAAUUAUUCUCCCACGAGUCCUAUGUACUCACCCACGAGUCCUCAGUACUCCCCAACGAGUCCCAAUUACAAUCCAGCAUCGCCAAAUUAUUCACCAACAAGUCCAGGAUUUUCACCGGCUAGUCCAAUGUAUUCACCGACAAAUAGCAAUUUUGCCAGUCAGCAGACGGGAUACUCACCUGGAAGUCCGGCAUAUUCGAUGAUGAGCCCCUAUUCGCCCACGAGUCCGAGUUAUUCACCAACAAGUCCGGCCUAUUCUCCCACUUCUCCUUCAUACUCCCCAUCGAGUCCUGGGUAUUCGCCCACUUCUCCGAGUUACUCACCAACAUCACCGAGUUACUCACCUUCUUCGCCAAAUUACACCCCAACAACUCCCUCCUAUUCCCCAUCUUCACCACAUUUUUCCCCAACUUCUCCCAGCUACUCUCCGUCAUCGCCCAAGUACUCCCCGACAUCUCCUUCAUACUCCCCAACUUCGCCCAGCUACUCUCCGGCGAGCCCUUCCUAUGGGGGAAGUCCACAGUACACACCUGGAUCACCACAGUACUCCCCAACAUCUCCCAAGUACUCACCUACAUCUCCGAGUUACUCACCAUCCUCGCCACAACACUCCCCAAGCAGCAGAUACAGCCCAAGCUCACCCAAUUAUUCACCCACUAGCCCUAGGUACUCACCCAAUAUCAGUACCUAUUCGCCCAGCAGCACCAAGUACUCUCCCACGAGUCCGGCAUUUACACCAUCAUCGCCGGCUUCACCCACUUAUUCGCCCUCAUCGCCGGCAUACUCGCCGACAGCACCACAGGGUUACUCACCAACUAGUCCUACCUACUCUCCCAGCAGCCCAGCCUUCGAGGAGCAGGAUGACUAAGAUUUCUAUUCUGUUAAGAACUUUACUGCACGGACAGCAGUUACUUUUCAUUAUUCAAUUCCAUUUAAUGAUGAUUGCUUUUUUCAAUUAGAUUUUUCACUUCAAUAAAUUGACAAUUUCAUCGUUAUAGUAAGUUUUUCUUGGAAUAAAAUAUAACUUGAAUUUAUAAAUACAAAUCUUGCAUUACUAAAUAAAAAUUAUUGAUAUAUUGUA